UUCCAAAAACUUGGUGAUGAUGACAAGGAGGCCGAGUAUUCCUCUGCAGACUAUCCCAAUAACGGGAUGAGGAACCCGUCACAAUCUCUUCCUAGGGCAUAUUUUCGACCAAGACCAUUAGAAAAUCUGGUUCUUCUCGAUGAAUUGGAGUCGCUUGAUCCUAUACUAUCCGCAAAAGUACAAAAUCUUCCCGAUGCAUCCUUAUUCUAUACGGCGUGCGGAAGGGGUUCCAAAAGUACCUUCCGGACUCUGAAACAUGGCCUCGAAGUCGAGGAAAAUGGCAAUUCAGAUCUUCCGAGCAUCCCAAAUGCUGUCUGGACCCUGAAGUUGACAGAAACAGAUCAAUACGAUUCCUACAUUGUCUUAUCCUUUGUGAACGGCACUCUGGUGCUAUCCAUUGGUGAGGAGAUCGAGGAAAUCCCUAAUUCAGGAUUCUUAUCCUCUGAGCCUACCCUUGCUGCUCAACAACUUGGGCAGGAUGCUCUUCUACAAGUUCAUCCCCGUGGGAUUCGCCAUGUCUUAUUCGACAAGAGGGUUAACGAGUGGCGAACUCCAGCUGGUAUGACCAUAGUUGCGGCUACUACCAAUAAGCGACAGGUGGUCGUAGCUCUAAGUUCUGCUGAACUUGUGUACUUCGAACUAGACUAUGAAGGACAGCUCAAUGAGUAUCAAGAUCGAAAAGCAAUGGGAAGCACUGUUCUCGCGUUGAGCGUCGGUGAGGUACCGGAAGGCUUACAGCGUUUCAAAUACCUUGUAAGUGUAGAAUCACCUUUGUUCCUUGUUAUCGCUCAUCACCGUCGAAGGCUGUUGGUUGCGAGGAUCAAACC